CCUCGAAUCCUCUCUGCUCAAACUUUUACUCGAGAGCAGAAAGAGACAUUUACGGGACUGGAAAAUUCGUUGUUUUAGUCAUCAAUUGAAAGUAUGCCUUUGGAAUAAUUGCGAGGUGUUUUUUUGGAUUGGACAUGGCGUAAAGCUCUGUGUUGUUUCUCGUUAACUUCAUAGUUGAGUGAUGUAGGUGCUGGUCGGACACUGCCCAACCGCUAUCCACCCAUGCUAGCUCAUCCACCCACUCCCAGAAAUACCUCAGGAGUGGCUCAAAAUGGCAGAGGGUGAGGAGGCCAUGAGCCAGGAGGACUGGAAGGAAAAGUGUCUGGUCCUGGAGGCGUUGCUCAUGAAGUUCCGGGUGCAGAUCAUCAAAAUAAGGGAACUCACUGGAGACAAGAUUCAGCAGCUGGAGAUGCAGGUCAUCGAUGCAGAGAAGCGAGCCUUCAAUGCCCAGCAGCAGAUGCAGUGGGUGGGGGAGAAGCUGCAGGCGCCCGACGGCCAGGCGGGGGGCUCUGAGGUGCGUCUGCUCGGCCGUUGCCAGGAGCUGCAGGCCCUGCUGCAGGAGAAGGGGGAGGCCGUGGUCCUGCUAGAGCAGCAGCUGGAGGAGCAGAAACAAAUCCGGCUUCAGGACUCCAAAACGGUGGAGGAAAAGGCGGCCAAGAUCAAGGAAUGGGUGAUGCUGAAGCUAUCUGAUUUUGAGAUGGAGAACGCUGCAUUGAGAGAGAGUAACAGACAGCAGGAAGCUCAGAUCCAGGAGCUACAGAAACAAGUGCUGGCCCUGGAACAGAAACGUGGGCUAUCAGCGGGGGUGGGGCCCCGGCCAGGGGAGGCCCAGCGCCUCAGCAGCCUGACCUUCGGCUGCUUCCAGGUGCGGGGGAAGAGCCCUCAGGUCCUGACCGGACCAGAACCGUCCCAGAGAACCGUCAGCGCCCAGCCCCUGAGAGAGGCCAAGUGGGGGGGAGGCAACAGCGCGAGGAGCCACAACAACAACAACACCGCCCUCUCAGAGAUGGACGGAGAGGAGGCCGGCGACGAGACCGGCGAGGAGGCCCCCGGGGUGGACCCUGGCCCCGCUCCUGACGGCCAGCCGGGCGGAGCUAGCGACGGGGCCGGGUCACACCCAGGCGUGGGCGCGGCCCCCGGCGCGCUGCAGCUCAGCCGCCCCGGCAGCGAGUACUACCUGACGGCCUCCGACGACAGCAGCUCCCUGUUCGACGAAGACAUGCAGCGCGUGGAGCGGCCGCGCUUCAGCCUGCACGAGGCGCCGUGCGGCGGGGGGCCGGCGGCGGGGGACAGGGAGGACGGCGCCCGCACGGCGUCCUCCAAGCCGGACGACCUAAACUCCGAGGAGCUCAACCAGCGCUUCCAGUCCCAGCGGCUGGACUCGUCCUUCUCCUCCUCGCCCGCUGAUCCUCUGAGCGGCGCCACACCGGCCCCUACCCCGAAGCGCCCUAACCCGCCUCGGGACCCCCGGGACACCCCCGCCUCCCCCAAACAGCCCCGGCUGCGCACCCCGGCGCAGGGCUUCGGGGUGCUGAGCGUGGCCCAGGCCAAGAAGCACCUGAGCCAGCCGCCCGUCUACAGCGAGAGCACCCACGGGCGCACGCGCAACGCGCUCAGCCUGCUGCGCCCGCUGCGGCCCCAGGAGACCGACCUCGACGGGGACCAGGAGCCGAGGCGGGAGGUCGUCAUGGAGACGGGCCCGCAGGAGGUCCCUGGCUCUCCGGUAGCGCCAGCGCCCCAAAGCCCGGGCGACACAGGGAGCAAGGAGGCGGGGGAGAGUCUGGAGCCGUACAGCGCGGCACCAGGCAGCAAACCCCCGACCCCCCCGCUGCACAGGUUCCCAUCAUGGGAGAGUCGUAUCUAUGCCGUGGCCAAGUCAGGAAUCAGACUUUCAGAGACGUCCUGUACAGACCCUGCUGGCAAAGACCCUUCCCUGCAGUCCUCAUAUCCUGCCUUUGUGUUCUACACCUCCCUCAUCUAUAACAACAUGACCACACCUGUUUACACCACGUUGAAGGGGAAGGCCACCCUGUUGAGCGGCAGUGCGUUCUGCGAGGAGGAGUCCAGCUCGGAGGAGGAGUCCAGCUCCGGGGAGGAGGAGGGGUCUCUCUGCAGCUCGCGGACCUCAGGGUCCAGCUCCCGCAAGGACAGCAGCCCCGGGAGCCCGCGCUCCCUGAAGAGAGCUGUGUCCAUGUCCUCCGUGACGUCGGAGAGCGACUACGCCAUCCCCCCUGACGCCUACACCACCGACACCGACUGCUCUGAACCCGAACAGAAGCUCCCCAAGACCUGCUCCUCGGCCAGCGACAACGGGAAGACCGAGCCCAUGGAGAAGUCUGGGUAUCUGCUGAAGAUGGUGAAGACCUGGAAGAAGACCUGGAAGAGACGCUGGUUUGUCCUAAAAGAUGGAGAGCUGCUGUACUAUAAGUCGCCGAGCGAUGUCAUCCGUAGACCUCAGGGUCAGAUAGAGGUCAACGCUACCAGUAGCAUCUCCCGCGGCGAUGGGAAGCAAGUGCUACAGGUGGUGACAGGGAGGCGUGUGUGCUACCUGAAGGCCGACUCGCCCAACCUGCUGGAGGAGUGGCUGAGGGUGCUGCAGAGCGUGCUGAGGCUGAAGGCCGCCAGCCCCCUCUUCACCCAGCCCGACGUCCGGCCCAGCAUGAAGGGGCUGCUCCUCAAGGUGAAGCACGGCUACUCCAAGCGGGUGUGGUGCGCCCUGAUCGGUAAAACGCUGUACUACUUCCGCAGUCAAGAGGACAAGUUCCCCCUGGGCCAGAUCAAGCUGUGGGAGUCUCAGGUGGACGAGGUGGACGCGUCCCGGGACUCGGACGAGAACCUGAAGGCCUGUGGGCAAGGCCUGCAGGCCGCGCCCUUCACCAUCGCCGUCCAUCCCCAGGAACAAGGGCCCACCUACCUGCUCAUCGAGUCCCGGCACGAGAAGGAGUCGUGGCUGUACCACCUGUCUGUGGCGGCUGGGGCCCUGCUUGGCAAGGUGGGCACAGAGUUCGAACAGCUGGCCGGCAAGCUGUUCCAACUGGACGGGGACCCAAAUUCUCCGACCUGGAGGCACCCGGUGUUGUGUUUCAGUAAGGAUGCUCUGGUCUCCCCUCUCACCACCCUGCCCUCUCAGGCACUGCAGACGGAGGCUGUCAAACUCUUCAAGACCUGCCAACUCUUCAUCAAUGUUGCCAUCGACGCGCCGGCCAUCGACUACCACGUGUCUCUGGCCCAGAGUGCCUUGCAGGUGUGCCUGGCCCACCCAGAGCUGCAGAACGAGUUCUUCUGCCAGCUCAUCAAGCAGACCCGCAAGAGAGAGCCCCACGGCCAGCCAGGGCCACUGCAGGGCUGGCAGUUCCUAGCAUUGUGUGUGGGACUGUUCCUACCCCAGCACCCUUUCCUCUGGCUUCUACAGGUACACCUCAAAAGACAUGCAGACGCCAGGACGGAGGUGGGUAAGUACGCCAUCUACUGCCAGCGCUCACUGGAGAGGACGCAGCAGAAGGGAGAGCGGCAGGCCCGGCCGUCCCGCAUGGAGAUCCUGUCCAUCCUGCUCAGGAACCCCUACCACCACUCCCUGCCCUUCAGCGUCCCCGUGCACUUCCUCAACAGUGCCUACCAGGUUGUCAGCUGCGACGCCUCCACCACAGUGGAGGAGUUCCAGUGUCGGCUGAACCAGGACUCGGGCGUGAGGAAAACGGCCCAAUCUGGGUUCAGUCUGUACACAGACGACCCCACCGGACGGGACCUGGAGCACUGCCUGCAAGGAGGCAUCAAGGUCUGUGACAUCAUCUCUAAGUGGGAACAGGCCUCCAAGGAGCAGCACACGGGCAAGUCUGAGAACACCAGGACAGUACGCCUCACCUACAAGAACAGGCUGUACUUCUCUCCGCAGGUGAGAGGGGAGUCGGAGAGGGAGAGGCUGCUGCUGGCCUAUCAGACCAACGAGGCCAUCCUCGCGGGACACUUUCCUGUCAACAAGGAGUUAUCCCUGGAGAUGGCUGCCUUACUGGCUCAGGUGGAGUUUGGGGAUUUUGAGCGUCCGUUCUCUGCGGCUGGGUCAGCCCAAACCAAGUCAGUCCAGACCCUCAAACAGGUCCUGGAGAGGUUCUACCCAAAGCACUACCGCAAGACCACCUCCGAGGAGCAACUCAGACAGCUGCUUCAGCGCCUCUCUGUCCGUUGGGCAUCUCUCAGGGGUCGAAGUUCACCCGAGUGCGUCCGGAUCUACCUGACCGUAGCCAGGAAGUGGCCUUUUUUCGGAGCAAAACUAUUUGAGGCAGAGUCCGUCACAGCCUCUCCAGAGCAGGGUGCACGUGUGUGGCUUGCCGUGCAUGAGGACGGCAUCAGCGUCCUGGAGCACAACUCUAUGAAGCCGCUGGUGUCCUUACCCUAUAAGAACCUGGGGACCUUUGGAGGCUGUAACCAGGACCUCAUGCUGGUGGUGGGCCAGAGUGCCGGCCAAAACACCUCCAAAGACAAGCCCACAGAGAGGCAUCUCUUUGCCAUGCCCACCUCCAAGAUCAGGGAGAUGACCCUUCUCAUCUCCAGCUACGUCAACAGUGCCCAUCAGCUGAAGGCCGCUGCCCACCACCUGUCCGCACCUGCCUUAUUGGUCGCUCAGCCUGUCACUCUCAAGAGCAAGGAGCUGAGGAGCAAAUCACCGCAGGCCAAGGGCAGAACAAGCAAGGCCCCUACCCUGUUAUGAGCAGAAGGGUAUAGACAUGACACCAAAGCCUGUGGGCCGGACCUCCGUGAUGAUGAAGGGCCCCAACCUCUUCGUCUAGGGUUUAAUUAUAUUUAAAUGUAUAACAUGAGUAGGCUUUGCGGAGCAAUAAAACUAAUUGGGUCGGUUAAAAGAAUAACUGCUCCAUAUACCUUACCAUGGUACAACAGUGAAGGACAUUGGUUUUUUUCUUAAUAAUGCUCUCUUUCUCUCACUCCUUCUUUCUUUAUACCACUCCCCAUCUAUCUCUAUCUUGUUGUUGUUUUUUUAAAAAAAGGUUAACUGUUAAGAAACUGUUUCGUUUUUCUUAAUACAAACAUUCCUUAGCCUGGGAAGCGAACGAAUUUGAGAGCUGAUGUUUUAAUUGCUCUGGUAGUUGGUCAUUCCCCCCUCCCAUUCACAAAGAUUUACAGCCCUACUUGCACAUGUCGGGCCAAUCACCACAGUAUCUUAUAGGGGGCGGGUUUGAAACAAUGACUGUACAGAGCAGUGCCGUUUUUGUAACCUUCCAAGAGGAUGGAUGUGGAACGAAAAGUGGAACCCGCUAACAUGAUAGUUAAACCAGUAUAUUUUCUCUAAACGAAAAAACGUCUGCAGAUAUAUCCAAUUGCAACCAGGCAUUUUCGUCUGCUCCCAUUGAUGCUCCCCUUAAAAUAAGAAAAUUAACUGAAACACGCAAAAUGGUGGUAGGCUAAUGCGUUGAGACAGGCAUCAUAAAGUUGUGUGUUGGAAGCAAAGGAUUUAUUAUGAAUUUGCUGUAUCUAAUGUACUUAACAGAAUGUCAUUUAAAAAUAAGUGAUAAAUGACUUAAAAGAGACAAGGAAGAAAUGAAACCAGUCAUAAGAUAUAAGGUGAGUCAGCUGUCUGGACCGUAAAUCCGUUCAGGUUUCUAGUGGGUGUUUUAGUCAGGACCUCAAAUGAUUGGUUCCAUAGUCAUUUCAUGUGUAAAAUUAUCAGAUUUACUGAUAGCUAUGUUUAAAGUAUGCAGACAUUUAUGGAGAAUUUGUGCAGGUCUCAUUACAUGUGAGACAGAUGACCCCUGUGGGCGAUGUGUUGGCUGGGCUUGGGAAGGACUUGCUCAAGGGGAAAGGUGAUGGACCUUGUUUCCCUGGUUACUCAGUAACUUGCGAUGUUUGAACCUUAUUCAGAGGCAUAAUGUCCACUGCUUGUACAGUUUUUAUGAAAGGGCAGUUCUACUAAAGUAAUAGGGAUGAUUUAACAAUACUGCACAUCAGGAAGGGAAGGAGAGAAGGUGAUGAGAAUGUUUUUAUUCUUAUUAUUAUUCAUUUAUUUAUUUAGUUUUAAAGAGUGAUGUGAGGGACUUUAUAUGGUAAAGGUUUGAAAGAUAAAGGGCUUUUCUUGUACUCAAAGGGAUUCGGUUUUCUUGCUCAUUCCUGGCCGGUAAAUGCUACAUGAAGGAAUUUAGAGGACCUAACAAACUAUGACAUCGCAGGAGCAUACAUCUAAACCCUCAAAGUUGGUUUAGAAAGAACUUAAUGUUGUUUUGCCAUGUGCAUUGAACUAUUUCCAUCGUCAUUUUCCCUCCAAAGAAAUUGUAUUUUGCCUGAACUAUUUAUUCUAUCAAAUGCAAUAUGUUGGGUACAUAUUUUGACAUUUGAAUAAAUAUCUGUGCCAAACGUG